AACUUUUUCUCUCUUUGGUUGGCGGAUAAGAAAAGGGAAGGGAGAGAGAGCGAGAAAGGGUUUUCACUUGUCGUCGUCGUCGUCUUUCGUAUUCUUAUGCUCUGAGAAAAAGGUUUCUUCUUCUUGAACCUUCCCUCUCGGGAGGAGAGAGAAGAAGAUACUUCUUUGAGUUUUUUUUUUUUUUUUGUGAGAGAACCGAUCGAUACAUACAUAUAUAUACAGAGAGAGAGACGCACACACAGAGACAGAGAAGAGGCGAGAUGGAUUCUGUUCCUCCUCCGGGAACUGCAGGCAACGAGGCGUACUCUACGGUGGAUCCCUUCUUGAUCGAGGCUCUCCAAAACCCCCGUCACCGCCUUACAAUUCUACGGAUGGAACUCGACAUUCAGAAGUUUUUGCAGAAUUCUGAUCAGCAGCAGUUUGAGUUCCAACAUUUCCCUACUUCAUACCUUCGCCUUGCAGCACAUCGUGUUGCUCAACAUUAUUGCCUGCAGACUAUGGUGCAAGAUAAUGUUUCAGAUGGCCUGGGUAAUAGAAUUGUGGUAAAAAAGUUGGCAGAAAGCAGAUACCCUGCUGUCUGUUUAUCAGAUGUACUUGCUAAACAGUCAGAGAAUGACAAACAUGAUCAAGUUAAAAUUGUCAUGAGGCCAAGGUGUAAUAAAGCUUCUAAUGAAGCCAGUGAAAUAGGGGCCAAACGCAGUUCUAUGAGGACUGUGGAAGAAAGGAAGGAGGAGUAUGACAGGGCACGGGCUCGCAUCUUCAGUAGCCCUAGUAGCCCUGAGUCAGAAGAUUCCACCUCCCACACUCCAUUGGAUGGGAAAACUAUGUGUCUGAAUGGAGAUGAGAACGAAGGAUGCAAGAAUUCCAUGAUUGAUUUAGAGAAACUUCCCAGUCUCAGGGAUGCUGGCACUUCUUCUUAUCGGGUAGCCAUUUUCAGGGAUAGGGAGAAGGACCGUACUGAUCCAGAUUAUGAUAGGAGUUAUGAAAGGUAUGUCAAGACUUCUCCUGCGAGCCAAAGUUUUGUCUCAGCACAUUAUAACAUGCAGAAGUUUCAGCCUCCAUUUGUGCAGUAUGAUAAUGGUUUCCCCCAAUUAGGUCAGGUGCUAAGAACGCAAGCUUCCGUUGGCUACAGGACCCCAAUCAUGAACCCUUUCUGUGCCACAGGAUUCAAUCAGACAUCCAGGGAUGCUGUCUAUAUGCAAUGGCCAACUUCUACCAUGAUGUAUGCAGAGUCAUAUGAUCAAUUUAGACGUGCUGUAUUUCAGGUACCUUACUCUCAGCAGCAGCCUCUGAGCUUUGAUUACUCCCAAAAUCGUUGAUUUUGAUUAGAUGGGAAAUGUCUGUAUAACAGAAGUGAAAAAACAAGUUAGUUUCUCCUAUUCAGAAUUCUGUUGGUUUUAGGAUACUUGUUUGAAGCACCUCUCUUAAAAAAUGCUCUUUCCAUAUUGGUUUCUGCUGAUUUCCUUUUUGGGUAUUUGUCGACGUUAGGAUACUGCUAUUAUUAAUCUAGUGCUAUUGUGGUGGCUUUUUAUUUUUUAA